AUGGCGGACCUCACCUGCCCGUCCCGGGACCCUUGGUGGGCCUCGCCUGCCCGUCCCAAGACCCUUGAUGGGCCCCUCGCCGCCCGUCCCACGACUUGUUGUGGUGGCACCUUCACCCGUUCCCGUCCCUGGGAACGCGGUGGCUUUCGCCGCGCCCGCCCAAUCCAGGGAACACGUAGUGGGCCCCCCCUGGCCCGGCCUUUGUCCCAGGGACAGGUUGGUGGGCCCUGCCUGCCUGUCCCGAGACACGUGGCGGACCUCGCCCACCUGUCCCACGACCCUUGGUGUGCCCCGCCCACCUGUCCCAGGACCCUUGGUUGGCCCGUCCCCCACCCAUUCCAGGACGCGUGGCGGACCUCACCCGCCCGUCUCAGGACCCUUGAUGGGCCACGCCCGCCUGUCCCGGGACACUUGGCGGACUUCGCCCGCCAGUCCCAGGACCGUUGGUGGGCCCUGCCUGCCCGUCCCAGGACAUGUCACGGGCCCCACCCACCCAUCAAGGGACACACAGCGGACCUUGCCCGCCCGUCCCAGGACCCUUGGCAGGCCCCGCCCACCUGUGCCAGGACUCCUGGCAGACCUCGCCCGCCCGUCCCGGGACCCUUGGCGAGCCCCCGGCCCGCCCAUCCCGGGACUCGUGGUGGACCUCACCCGCCUGUCCCAGGACCCUUGGCGGGCCCAGCCCACCUGUCCCGGGAAAAAUGGUGGACUUUGCCUGCUGGUCCUGGGACCCCUGGCGGGCCCCGCCCGCCUGUCCCGAGACUCGUGGCAGACCUCGCUCACAAGUGUUGUUUCCCGUCCCCGGACUCGUUGCAGGCCUCGCCACCGUUCCUGUAUCCAGGCAGCCUCGCCCGCCCAUCCCCAGACUCGUGGCAGGCCUCGCCCACCGUCCCGGGACUCGUGGCAGGCCUUGCCCGCCCGUCCCAGGACCCUAGGCAAGCCUCGCCUGCCAUCCCAGCAGAGAGCAACACCUAUGCUUAG